UGCGCGUCUCCUGUCUUGAGUGAGGUGAAGAGUUUACUUUCCAAGAGUUCAAGGUUUGGUUUCGGUGUUUGUAGGCAAUAAGGGUCGCCGAGGCGGAGAGCCCUUGUCACAGAGCCAACAUGCUGAAUAUGUGGAAAGUGAGAGAACUGGUUGAUAAAGCAACCAAUGUGGUGAUGAACUACUCAGAAGUGGAGUCAAAAGUGAGAGAGGCCACUAACGAUGAUCCCUGGGGACCCUCUGGACAGCUGAUGGGUGAAAUCUCCAGAGCCACCUUUAUGUAUGAGCAAUUCCCAGAGGUUAUGAAUAUGCUGUGGGCUCGCAUGCUGAGGGACAACAAGAAAAACUGGAGGAGAGUCUACAAGUCCCUGCUCCUGCUGGCCCACCUGAUCAGGAAUGGAUCAGAAAGAGUUGUCACCAGUGCCAGAGAGCAUCUGUAUGACCUGAGGUCCUUAGAGAGCUACCACUUUGUUGAUGAGAAUGGCAAGGACCAAGGAGUUAAUGUGCGCCAGAAAGUAAAAGAGAUGGUGGAGUUCGUCCAGGACGAUGACAGGUUGAGGGAGGAAAGAAAAAAGGCAAAGAAGAACAAAGACAAAUACAUUGGCGUGUCAUCUGACAGUAUGGGAGGAUACAGGGGAUACUCGGGGGAUAGGUAUGACUCUGGCGAUAACCGAGGAAAGUGGGAUGAGGACUGGGACAGGAGCAAAGGGUCGUUCCCCUUUAGUGAGAAGCUGGGUGAAAUUAGUGACAAGAUUGGCAACACCAUUGAUGACACCAUUAACAAGUUCAGAAACAGAGACAGAGAUGACUCACCAGACAGAUUCAGUGACAAUGAGGAAGAGCGGAGUCGGGCGUCUCGCAAUGGUCAGUCAGGGAGAGAGUUCAAAGAUGAAGAGGAGACUGUCACCACCAAGAGUGUUCACAUUGUUCAGGCAACAGAAACCACGGCAACGCGAAAGAGAGGCGUUCCAUCCAAAAAAGUGGACUUGGGAGCUGCAGCCAACUACACAGGAGACCAGAGCCCAGACACCAAUACCAAGCAGCCCCAGUCAGCAACACCUCAGCCCUCCAGUGGUGGCCUGGCAGACCUACUAAUGGUAGACACAGGCCCUAGUCAGCCUGCUACCACAGAUCUGAUGGCUGGAUUUGCCGACUUUUCUUCGCCUGCUGCUUCUGUUGGUCUCUCCUCAGGAUCUGCCCCCAGUGGCAAUGGAGACUUUGGGGAUUGGAACGCCUUUCCUGGAGGUCAGAUGCCAACUUCUGCUCAGCCUGUGGAAAUCGGCGGAAAGGACCUUUUCGGAGCCAUGACCGUCAGCCCUGUCCCUACAGCUGCCCCAGUCCCUGUCCAGGCUUCAGUCCCAGCUGCUGGUCCUCCCUCAGCAGACCUUUUUGAUCUGAUGGGGCCAACUCAGUCCCUUAUCACCUCCCAGAGCCUCAACUUCAGCAUGAGCAGCACACAGAGCAUGAGCAGCACCGUCUUGCCCCAGUCCAGGUCGCAACCCCUCCAGAACAUGGGGAGUUCCCUACAGCCACAGCCCAUGCAGCCUGUGCUGCAAGGAGUAGCUUCUCAGGGUGCUGGAGUCAAAACCACCCUCCCCUCUACCUGGUCAGAUCAUUCAGUCAACAUAAGUUUGGAUUUCUUAGGCCCAGGCAUGCAACCUCCCAAGCCCAGCCAACCCAGCCUUAACACACUCCAGCAAGGCAUUCAGCCGGCCGCCAACACGCUUUCACAGGGAUUUGCCAGCAUGAGCCUUGGGCCCACAACAAUCAGACCACCUGUAAAUCCUAUGAUGUAUCCUGGUGCUGGGAUGGGAAUGGGCAUGGUCCCCAACCAAGGCAUGAUGGGAAUGGGAAUGGGCAUGAACAUGGGGAUGCCACAAGCAGGUAUGGGUGUGGGGAUGGGCAUGGUCCAACAGCCCAAACAGGAUGCCUUUGCUGACUUUGGUAACUUUGGGAAGUGAUGAAGUGGGAGAGCCAGGAGUCAGUAGAGAAGUGGUGUCAAUCUUCCUCUCUUCUCCGUCCGUUGGUGAAGGACUGUUAUGAGCAACAAACAAGGAGUACUUGAAUAAUGUUAAAUAUAAUACCAACACCCUGCAUUCUCCUUUUUAUGCUGUAUAGAGAUAUAUAGAUCUAAAUGAAUGUUUUAUCAGUUGGAACCAAUGAUCUGUCUGGACAGGAUUGGUGGUCAGACAGACACACAGUUUAUAUAAUAUGCUGUGUUGGUUGACUUUGGUUGGCAAGGGAUAGAAGAAUGUAAGGGACGCGUCUGCCACCAUGAGAAUGUCAGGGGAAUGUACUUUAUAACCACAAUCAAAUCACCAGAUUAGCAAAAAAUAAAUAAAUAAAUCGUUAUUGGUAACUUUAUUGGAUAUAAGAUGAUCCGCCAUCUAAACUUUCUAAUGUAUCUUUAAGAAUGUCAGUUACCUCUAAUUUGACCCUACUCUACCCUUUAUGUCCUGUAAAUAGACUUCCUGUGCUCAUGCAAAUAAGUUAUGAUGCUUGGGUGAGAGACAAUUAUGAAUGAGAAGUUUUAUCUUAAGGAUUUGAUCGGAUGUCAAUCAAAACCUUUACUGUUGGAAGGCACAUUGUCAGAGUCUGAUAAUUUACCUGGUGUUUUCCAUGGGCCUAUAAGUGGCCAAGCACUCUGAUUGUGGCCUGUCAGUACAACAUUUAAGGAAGUAAUGAAUGAGCAUUUGAUUGAAACUUGAUUUGAGAAGUUACUCCAUCAACAGACUAUCCUUUGUGGCCUUUCUUAUAGAUAUAUUAUUUUUUUAUAGAUGAAGUAUAAUCAUUGUCUCCUAUUGAAAUAAUCAGUAGGGAGAAACAGCCUUAUAAAAGGGGGUUGUGGGUUCUUGUUUGCAGCACAGAGUGCCUGUAAGUCCUUUGCCUCAUCAAAUAACCUCUUCAGAGGAGUUGAACAAUAUGAGAGAGCAGACUGCUAAUGAUAGGGAGCUACCAUGCUAUGUAUGGACUCCUGGGUUUAUACUUUCAGCAAAUUGCAGCUUUCCUGUGCAGGUACUGGAUAAGAUAGUUGCUUAUUCUGUUCAUUCCCUGACUUGGGUUUUUUUUCCCCAUGUGCAUGUCAAUUACAAGCAUUUUAUUCAGGCCAGUGAGCACAGAGUACACUCAAAAACAACAACCCUGAUUUGACCCAAAAUGAGCUCAUCCUAAUCCUACACCUGAAUCACUUAUGUAGACUGCAUGAUCAUAAGUAUGUACCCACCUCUUGUCUGUUUGAAGAAAUGCAAAUUGGUGCUGUUUAGCUUUGCUUGCAUUCAUCUUCUCUAAUGUUAUACAUUAAAAACCAGGCAAUCUGGAAAUCAUUGCUCUGUCGUCUGGGCAUCCUUUAGAGAAUAUCUCUUUCACAUUCUUGCAGUUACACAAGAUUACAAGCAGGCAGUUUUAACAAUUGAGAUGCAGUUUGCUCAAAAAUUACCACCACUGUAAUCAGAUAAGCGUGUUUCGAGGAAGGAUUGUGCAACCACGGACUGAGCGGUUCUUCUGCACACCACACUGACUGGGUUGUCUGCAUACUUGCCCAGUCAGUCUGAAAUGUGCAACAACAAAAUGACGCUUCAUGGGUUUAAGUGCCUAUCUGUUUGCCUUUGGACCCUUUCUCUUCAAUGAGUAAUAAAAUGAUUUGAGGCUGAGUGAUUGGUAAAAGUUAAUCUGAGCUGAGUGACAUUUCCAGUAUGUCAACGAUGAAAUCAAUAAGUCCCUGACUAGCGGGGAGAGCAAUGGAUUUUGCAGCCCCAAGAGGGUUGAAGUUGUGCUUCCUUUCUCCGCCACGAGGCUGACCAGUCUCUUAUCAGUCUGAGGGUGACUUGUUAAAAUGACCAAAACCUAUUUACUGUUUUCUAGAACAUUAUUAAGAGAUUAAGCGUUUUAUUUUUUACUUCAAAUUGAUUUGAUCUUCUGUGUGAUAGGAUUGUUACUGAAAACACUAGUUCAUGCAAAUGUUUUGAAAAAGUUCCUUUUUUUUUCUUCCCCCUGCCCUGAUUUGCUUUACACAUCAUGAUCCUUUAUCUACGUCAUUAAACAGUUGAUUGAAAUCU